AUGUCGUUUACACGUCAGCCUGUAGAGGUUUUUCGGGCCACGGGCAAACAGACUCCGCCAACCAGACGAGAGAGAAAGAGGAAAACUGGCGGCGACACUGGCGGCAAAGCCAAAGCUCGCGCAUCGGUCCGCACUAAUUCUAGUGUGAAUGCUUUGCCGCCGUCGACGGUUGGCCUCCUUGCAAAAUUGCCGAACCAAGUGUCACGGUUUCAUGCCCCUGUGAUCAUCGCCUGUUGGAAAGUUGACGGAUCGGUUCGUCCUCCCUCGGAGAAGUCAAAGAAACAGAGGUUGAAGCUACAGGUUGAACUUUUUCCCACCGGAACGCAGAAUAGAAUGCCGAAACAAUGCUGUCGUAUUCUAGACAGUUUUCGUUUCGCGUACACGUCGAUCAUUUGUUUGAUCAUUGAAAAAAUAUUGUUUCCACAGACAGUUAGGUACGUUAAACAUUUUUUAGUGAUAUCCGUGUUGCAUGUUAUAGUGGAAUGAUUAAGAUAUCCCGGAGAGAAUAGUAAAAUAAAUUUUAGAAUAAUUCAAUGUAAAAUACUGACAGACUUGCAACUGCGAUUAGAAAGUAUAAGAAUAUAUAA